AUGGAGAACGAGAGGAAAGACAGAGAUGGAGAACGAGAGGAAAGACAGAGAUGGAGAACGAGAGGAAAGACAGAGAUGGAGAACGAGAGGAAAGACAGAGAUGGAGAACGAGAGGAAAGACAGAGAUGGAGAACGAGAGGAAAGACAGAGAUGGAGAACGAGAGGAAAGACAGAGAUGGAGAACGAGAGGAAAGACAGAGAUGGAGAACGAGAGGAAAGACAGAGAUGGAGAACGAGAGGAAAGACAGAGAUGGAGAACGAGAGGAAAGACAGAGAUGGAGAACGAGAGGAAAGACAGAGAUGGAGAACGAGAGGAAAGACAGAGAUGGAGAACGAGAGGAAAGACAGAGAUGGAGAACGAGAGGAAAGACAGAGAUGGAGAACGAGAGGAAAGACAGAGAUGGAGAACGAGAGGAAAGACAGAGAUGGAGAACGAGAGGAAAGACAGAGAUGGAGAACGAGAGGAAAGACAGAGAUGGAGAACGAGAGGAAAGACAGAGAUGGAGAACGAGAGGAAAGACAGAGAUGGAGAACGAGAGGAAAGACAGAGAUGGAGAACGAGAGGAAAGACAGAGAUGGAGAACGAGAGGAAAGACAGAGAUGGAGAACGAGAGGAAAGAUAGAGAUGGAGAACGAGAGGAAAGACAGAGAUGGAGAACGAGAGGAAAGACAGAGAUGGAGAACGAGAGGAAAGACAGAGAUGGAGAACGAGAGGAAAGACAGAGAUGGAGAACGAGAGGAAAGGGAGAGAACGAGAGCAGGCGACGGUAUCGACGUUCACACUAG